GGAUUCGGUGGCGGUUUUUGCGACUAUUCUUCUAGGACGUAUAGUAAAAGUGUAAUAUUUGUUUUAGCAAUUUAAUAACAGAUCGAAUUUUGCUAAACACGUAUAGCGAAUAGUUUAUGUACUAAUAGCCGAGCACUGAACCAUUCAGCAACAGUUAUGUUCUUCUCUGAUGACUUAUAAUCGUUCAAUUUUCUACUUUUAUUAAUAUUAAACCAGCAAAAUUGUUAUGAUGUUGCAAUAUGCCGUUAAUAAAUUAUAGGUAUUAUUUGUUUAUCUCUUAUUUAAAUCUAUUCCAAAUUUAAUCGGACAUCCUAGUUGUACCGUCAGAUGGAGGACUUGGAGGUCUGGGUGGAUUUGGUGGUAUGAGUGGAUUUGGUGGUAUGGGUGGACUUGGCGGUCUGGGUGGACUUGGUGGUUUGGGUGGAUUUGGUGGCGGCUUUCCGGGUGGAUUUAGAAUGGUUCAAAUAUGA